AUGAUUUUCCUAAAGAGCAGCGAUGGCGAGACUUUCGAGGUGGAGGAAUCGGUUAUGGUCGAGUUGCUUACGAUCAAACAUAUGAUAGAGAAUAAUUGCGCCGAUGAUCCAAUCCACAUUCCUAUUCCCAAUGUCACCUCCCCGAGAUUGGCUAAAGUCAUUGAGUACUGCAAGCGCCACUUCACUGCUGAUGGCACCACCGCCAUUGAUGAGGAUCUCAAGUUGUUUGACGACGACUUUGUUAAAGUUGAUAGAGGAACUCUCUAUGACCUCGUACGGGCUGCGAAUGAGUUGAAAAUCAAAAGUUUGCUCGAGCUUAUAUCUCAAACUUCGACGGACAUAAUUCUGGAGAAAAUCCAACAGGAGAUUCGCAAGGCUUUUAGAAUGACAGAGGACCACAAUGCCGAUGCGGAAGAGGAAGAAGAGAAUCUAAGUGAGGAAACUGGGUAUUCGAGUGAUGUUGAGGUUCUAUAUGUUGGCAUUGAUUUUGAUUGGUUAGGUCAGAUAUAUUGUAUUGAAUGA